UCUAUUUUGCUUUCGUAAUAAAGUCAUAAUUUAUUUUCUUUGCCUUCUAUCUCCAUGAGUUGCAUAGCUUACCGACAAAUACGAAUUAUUAUUCAUUAGUUCAUCUAACUAAAAUUCCACUGGAGUAUACUUUCCCAAUUUGUUAUAUUUGUUUGGUAAAAAAUAAUAUUUUUUACCAAUCCAACAAUUGGUAGAAAGAAAUCUUUAUCCGUGAAAAGGACACUCAGAAAUCCCGUAACCAAACACCUCGAAAACUCACUGGCGGGAACCGUUUCCAAGUCGAACCGUACCGACUUGAGAGAGAGUUUUCAGGCUUGACAAAAGGAGUUGUGGCUACUGGCGGAUUCCAGUUGCCAGCAUAUUCCGGCGAGUGACGCUGAGAUGAUGACGAUGAGGAGGAAUGGAGAAUGGUACGCGGACGUGUCGAUGGACGAGAAUGGCGUCGAGGCAAAUCCUAGGAGUGGGAGACCCAAAGCCAGAGGCCUCAGAGCUUCAACCAAAUCCCUAGCCCACUCCAACCUCCUUCCCAACUUCUAUUAUCCUCUACGUUCUGUUGAGGGAUGGACUGUAUUGGUAACUGGUAUUCAUCAAGAGGCAGAAGAGGUUGAUCUUCUCAAUAUAUUUGGUGAGUAUUGGGAAGUGAAGAAUUUGCAACUGAAUCUGGACCAUCGCACUGGAUUUGUUAAGGGGUUUUCACUCAUUGAGUACGAAAAUUUUGAUGAAGCUCAGACAGCAAUAACUGAAUUGAAUGGAGCACAACUUUUUGGUCAGACCGUCUCUGUUAAUUGGGCUUUCAGGACUGGUCCCUUCAAUGGCAAUAAUUCAAGAAGAACACCGACUUUGACCCGUUCAAGGAGUCCAAGGAGGAGAUACUAGUUCUGUUCGACUUUUCAUCUCAGAAUAUGGAGAACAAGUGUGUGUUGAGGACCAUUUUUAACAUUCUUCCGCAUGUCAAAUGGCAACCUAUGAACUGUAUAACCCAUUGCUAUAAUUUCAUUACUCACAAUUAGGUGUACAUGGUCAAUAUUGGAACCUCUGUAUGGCACUUGUUAAAGAUUUUUCUAUUUCAGACAAGAAUAGGGUCUAUAUUGACUCUUGGAAAGUUGUGAAACAUUGCUAUUGUUAAUUGAUAUGAUCAACUUCUUAUGUUUCCAAAGGA